AUGGCCGAUUAUUAUUCAAACAAGAACCAUAAUCAUCAAGACCCCGAGUUAUUGGACGACGAUGGCCGCCCAAAACGAACUGGGAAUGUUUGGACGGCAAGUGCCCACAUAAUAACGGCUGUUAUAGGGGCUGGAGUCUUGGCCCUGGCUUGGGCGGUGGCUCAGUUAGGCUGGAUCGUCGGUCCAAUCAUGAUGAUCAUGUUCUCCUUUGCAACCUAUUACACAUCCACCCUUCUUGCCGACUGUUACCGCAACGGAGAUCCGCUCACCGGCACAAGGAACUACACUUACGUGGACGCCAUCCGAUCCAACCUUGGUGGGUUCAAUGUGAAGUUGUGCGGGUUUUUUCAAUACCUAAAUCUCUACGGGCUCUCCGUUGGAUACACAAUUGCUGCGGCAUCUAGCUUAGUGGCGAUACAAAAGGGGAUGUGCUUACAGAGGAGGGGAGGUGGAUCGGAUCCAUGUAAUGUAUCAAACACGCCGCUCAUGAUUGGGUUUGGGGUGGUGCAGAUAUUACUUUCUCAGAUCCCAGGCUUAGAUCAGAUAUGGUGGCUAUCUAUUAUUGCUACUAUCAUGUCCUUCACUUAUUCCUCCAUUGGUCUUAUCCUCGGAAUCGCCAAGGUUGCAGCUACCGGAGUAAUCAAGGGAAGUCUCACCGGAGUAAGGGUAGGCGACAAUGGUCUUACAAUGAAUGAUAAGAUAUGGCAAUGUUGUCAAGCUCUUGGAAAUAUCGCAUUCGCUUAUACUUUCUCCAAUAUCCUAAUCGAAAUUCAGAACACGGUUAGAUCUCCACCAUCAGAAACCAAGACAAUGAAGAAGGCAACACUUAUUGGCGUCUCAAUAACAUCCUUCUUCUACUUGCUCACGGGCUGCUUCGGCUACGCGGCGUUCGGAGACCACGCUCCGGAAAACCUCAUCGGAGACGGAUUCCUGAAACCCUACUGGGUUAUCCACGUCGCCAACUUUGCCGUAUUGAUACACAUGUUCGGGGCGUACCAAAUAUACUGUCAGCCAAUCUUCUUCAUUGUUGAGAAAAAAAUGGCAUCAUCAUUCCCCAAGAACAAGUUCAUCAACAAUGAGAUUGAGAUAAGAAUACCAUGUUUAAUGAAAACUAGUUACAAACUCAACCUCUUCAGGAUUGUUUUUAGGACUCUGUACGUGAUCUCGACCACAUUCCUAGCAAAAUUGAUCCCUUAUUUUGGCUCCAUCCUCGGACUAUUGGGUGCCUUUGCUUAUUGGCCGUUGACUGUUUAUUUCCCAAUUGAGAUGUAUAUAGUUCAUAUGAGAGUACCUAAAUGGAGCCCAAAAUGGAUUGGUCUUAAGGUUUUAAGUGCUGUUUUUCUUCUCAUUGCUGGGGCUGCUGCGGCCGGGUCCAUCGUCAUACUUAUAGCCAAUUUCAAGGCUUAA